AUGCCACGAGGUCAGAAUACAGCACCAACUGUUGAACAAAUUAGUAAAGAUCGAAUUACACUUCUUUCGGAACAAUAUUGGGCAUCAUAUGCAUUACAAAGACGUGCAUAUGAUCGAUUAGUUGUUGAUGAAAUUUAUAUAAAAGAAUUAUUGGGUACUAAUUUUAAUCUUCGUCGAAUUAUUCUAUUAGAAUUUAGCCAAUAUUUAGAAAAUUUUCUAUGGCCAAAUUUAAAUCCAGAUCAAUGUUCACCAUAUCAUGUUAUGUCUGUAUGUGUUAUGGUUAAUGAAAAAUUUCGUGAACGUGUACAACCAUGGGAUGCAAUAACUGCACAUCCAGAACAUUUUGGUAAAUUUCUUUCUCGUGUUAUGCAUUUAUGUUUGGAAGGUGAUGAAUUAUCCAUAAAAGAACAAACUAUUUUAAUUAUGUUUCUUGAUCAUUGUUUUAACAGUCUUGAAUUAGAUGUUAUUCGAUCUCAAAUACAAAAAAUAGUUGGUUUAACAAUAUGGACUAAUUUAACAUCUGAAAGACGAGAAUAUGAAUUUCAAAAAACACCAAAAUUUCGUAAACUUUGGAAAUUAAUAUGUAAAAAAGAUGAAAAAUUAGAAAAUGAAGAACUUCAAACAACAUUAUUUGAACGAACAUUUCUUCGAAAAUUAGCUGAAAAAUUUCUUCAUCUUAUUGAAAAUAUACAAUCAAUAAAUAAUACUGAUCAAUAUUCAUAUGAAACAGUUAUUUAUGCUGAACGUUUUCUUGAAUUAUUUACUGAUAUAAUUGUACAAUUACCAACACGUCGUUUUUUUAAUGUUGUUCUUGAUAAUAUUAAUUUUGUUAUACGUUGUUUUUUAUCAUCAUUUAUUAAAUCAUUAACAAAAACAAAUGAAAAUAUGGAUAUUGAUAUUACACAAACAUUUAUAAAAAAAAAAAUUCAAACAGAAAAUGAUGAAGAAGAAGAACAACAACAACAAGCAACAAGUAAAACAGCAAAUUUAUUUCAUAAAAUGUUAACUAAUUUUAAAUUUUAUUCAAAUUUUGAAAUUAAUGAUACAACUGGUGAAACAUUAACACAAAAUGAAAUGAUAGAAAAACAUUAUGAAAAAGUUUUACAAUUACAAACAGCUAUAUUUAAACAUUUUCGUGAAGAAAUGCCAACAUUUCCAUUACAAAAUAUUCAAUCAAUUGAUAAACGUGAUAUAUUAAAUGAUGAAUUUGAUAAAUUAACUGAUGAACAAUUAAAAUCUAUUGCAUCAUCACUUCAACCACCAAUUCAAAUAAAUAAUAGAGAACUUUUAAUUGAAGUACUUAUAUCAGAACAUGAAAGAGUUCAAAGUCAUUUAGAAUCAAUUAAUACAUUACCAUUAUAUCCAACGGAAGAAACAAUAUGGGAUGAAGAUAUUGUUCCAACAGAAUUUUAUAAUGGUGAAACAUGUUUAGCAUUACCAAAAUUAAAUUUACAAUUUCUUACAUUACAUGAUUAUCUUUUACGUAAUUUUCAUUUAUUUCGUCUUGAAUCAACAUAUGAAAUACGUCAAGAUAUUGAAGAUUCCGUUAGUCGUAUGAAACCAUGGCAAAAUGAUGCAACAAUAAUAAAUGAUAAAACAGAUCAACCACAACAACAAUGUAUAUUUGGUGGUUGGUCACGUAUGGCACAAUCAAUAACAAAUUUUACUAUUGUUGAAGUUGGUAAAGCAAAUAUAGGUGAAUCACAUCCAAGUCGUGUUCGAGCUGAUGUUACACUUGUACUUAAUACACGUGCUGAUAUAAAACAAGAAUGGGAAAAUUUACGUCGACAUGAUAUUUGUUUUUUAAUUACAUGUAAACCAUUAACAAAAGUUGGAACAACAUAUGAUUAUCGACAACCAUUUAUACCACAAGUUGGUCUUACAUAUGUACGAGGUUGUGAAAUUGAAGGAAUGUUAAAUAUAGAUGGACGAGUUAUUGAAGAAGGUGUUGAUGAAAAACCAGUAUUUUCGGGUGAUACACGUACAUGGCGUGUAUGGCUUGAUCCAAAUCAAUAUCAAGCUGAUAUUCAAGCAACAUUAAAUGGAUCAGAAGAUGUUUAUGAUACAUUUAAUAUAUUAAUGAGAAGAAAACCAAAAGAAAAUAAUUUUAAAGCUGUUUUAGAAACUAUACGUGAUUUAAUGAAUACAAAUGCUGUUGUACCUGAUUGGUUACAAGAUUUAAUAUUAGGUUAUGGUGAUCCAGCAUCAGCUCAUUAUACAAAUAUGAAAAAUAAAAUUCCUACAUUAGAUUGGAAUGAUACAUUUAUUGAUGUUAAACAUCUAAGAGCUAGUUUUCCUGAUUAUAAAAUUCGUGCAACUGAAGAUGAUCGAUCAAAACAUGUACCACCAUUCAAAUUAACUUUUUGUGAUUUACGUAGUAAAGGUGAACAUGCCGGUGAAAAAUUAAUUAUCUUAGAACCUUAUAAAAUUCCAAAUCGUGGUCCAUAUCCAUUUAAUAAACCUCGUCAAAAUAUAGUUCGUUUUACACCAACACAAAUUGAAGGUAUUAAAGCUGGUAUGCAACCAGGUCUAACACUUAUUGUUGGUCCACCAGGUACAGGUAAAACUGAUGUUGCUGUACAAAUAAUAUCAAAUAUAUAUCAUAAUUAUCCUGAUCAACGUACAUUAAUUGUUACACAUUCAAAUCAAGCAUUAAAUCAAUUAUUUGAAAAAAUAAUGGCACUUGAUGUUGAUGAAAGACAUUUACUUCGUCUUGGUCAUGGUGAAGAAGAACUUGAAACAGAUAAAGAUUUUAGUCGUUAUGGACGUGUUAAUUAUAUAUUAAAAAAACGUUUAGAAUUACUUGAACAAGUUGAAUAUUUACAAAAAAGUUUACAUGUACAAGGUGAUUUAUCAUAUACAUGUGAAACAGCUGCACAUUUUUAUAUGUAUAAUAUAUUAUCACGUUGGGAAGAAUAUUUAAGUAAAAUAAAUCAAUCAAAUAAUAAUUUAGAUAUAUUAAUAAAUUUAUUUCCAUUUAAAGAAUUUUUUUCAAAUUUAAAUCAUAAUUUAUUUGAUAAUAAACAAACAUUUGAAAAUAAUUUAGAAAUAGCACAAGGUUGUUAUCGUUAUAUACAACAAAUAUUUACACAAUUAGAAGAAUUUCGUUCAUUUGAAUUAAUGCGUAAUGGUUCUGAUCGUGCUAAAUAUUUAUUAGUACGUGAAGCAAAAAUUAUUGCUAUGACAUGUACACAUGCAGCAUUAAAACGACAUGAUCUUGUUGAAUGUGGUUUUAAAUAUGAUAAUAUAUUAAUGGAAGAAGCAGCACAAAUACUUGAAAUUGAAACAUUUAUACCAUUAUUAUUACAAACAUCAGAUCAACAAGGACGAAAUCGUUUAAAACGUUGUAUUAUGAUUGGUGAUCAUCAUCAAUUACCACCAGUUAUUAAAAAUAUGGCUUUUCAAAAAUAUUCAAAUAUGGAACAAGCAUUAUUUACACGUUUAGUUCGUCUUGGUGUACCAACUAUUGAUUUAGAUGCACAAGGUCGUGCACGAGCAUCAUUAUGUUCAUUAUAUAAUUGGAGAUAUAAAAAUUUAGGCAAUUUAGAACAUGUUUUACAACAAAAAGAAUUUAAAACAACAAAUGCUGGUUUUGUUUAUGAUUAUCAAUUAAUUAAUGUAGAAAAUUUUAAUGAUAUAGGAGAAUCAGAACCAAUUCCAUAUUUUUAUCAAAAUCUUGCUGAAGCUGAAUAUAUUGUUGCUGUUUAUAUGUAUAUGCGUUUACUUGGUUAUCCAGCUCAAAAAAUUUCUAUUCUAACAACAUAUAAUGGACAAAAAUUUCUUAUUCGUGAUGUACUUAAUAAACGUUGUGGAAAAAAUUCUCUUCUUGGACUUCCAAUGAAAGUAACAACUGUUGAUAAAUAUCAAGGUCAACAAAAUGAUUAUAUUCUUCUUUCACUUGUUCGUACGAAAGCUGUUGGUCAUUUACGUGAUGUUCGUCGAUUAGUUGUUGCAAUGUCUCGAGCACGUCUUGGUUUAUAUAUAUUUGGUCGAGUUAAUCUAUUCGAAAGUUGUUUUGAAUUAACACCAGCUUUUAAUAUAUUAACAAAACGUCCAAUUAAAUUAUAUUUAUUACCAAAUGAAAUCUAUCCAAGCAUGCGAGAGGAAAAACGUGAUCAAUCCAUUGUACAUCAAGCACUUAUAAUGGAAAAUAUGCCACAAAUGGCAGAUUUUGUUUAUAAAUUUUAUAAUCAAAAAUUAAUUGCAUAUCAAGAACAAAAACGCCAAGAAGAAUUAUCUCGUUAUGAUCCAGAACGUGAUUUACCAUAUGAUCCAUUACAACCAUCAAUUCGUGCACCUAAUGAACGUAUUAUGAAUGAAAAUUCAAUAGAUAAUUUAUCAAAUGAACAAAUAAUUAAUGAAAAACAAUCAACAACAGAAUAUAUACCAUCACGACAACAACAAGUAUCUGGUACAUCAUUUCAACAUGAUCCAAAUAUUGAAAGUUCAACUAUUGAAAAUCUUGAUGAUGAUGAUGAAGAUGUUUAUGAUCCAAAUAAACCAACAAUUUUUCAAAAAAUUCAACCACAAACUUCAAAUACAACUGAACAAAUACAAUCAAUACCAAUAAAUAUUCAAUUAGAUACAAAUACAGAAAAGAAAAUUCAAAAUGAUGAAGAACCUACUGAUGCAUCGGAAGAUGAUCUGAAUAAGUCGGCUAUCUUUCGAAGUGUAUUUCAUCAAGAUAAUGAAAUGGAUACAAUACCGGCUUUAAACGAUGAAAACUAG